AUGGCGGCACUAGGUUACUUCAGGGACAAGAAACACGCCGAUACAACAGCAGAGACAGACCUCGAGACAUACGCUGUCCAAAAUGGCGACGUCGAAGUCGAGCAGAUCAAACGAGACCUGCAAUCCCGGCACAUCAACAUGAUUGCCAUAGCGGGGAUGAUCGGAACAGGUCUCUUCCUCAGCUCCGGACAAGUGAUCUCCAUCGCCGGACCCGCCGGCGCCUUCCUAGCCUACAUAACAAUGGGCCUGGUAACCGCCGGCGUCGCCUACACAACAGGCGAAAUCACAGCCUUUAUGCCGCACACCGGCGGAUUCAUCCGACACGCGACCAAAUUCGUCGAACCUGCUCUCGGCGCCGCAACGGGGUGGAAUUUCUGGUAUACAAUGGCCAUUAGCGCGCCGGCGGAGAUCACGGCCGCGGCCACGUUGGUGCAGUUCUGGCACGUGGAUGUCAGUGUUGCGGUGUGGAUUACAGUUUUCAGCGUGUUUAUCCUCUUCAUUAACUUCUGUGGGGUUAGACUUUACGGCGAGAGUGAAGUUUUCUUCUCGAGUCUCAAGAUCAUGCUCAUCAUCGGCUUGAUUAUCGGGGGCAUCGUGAUAAAUGCCGGCGGAGGCCCGAAUAAUGAGUAUAUCGGGUUCCGGUACUGGAGGACGCCCGGGGCGUUUAACGAGUACAUUGAGACAGGCUCAGCGGGACGGUUCCUCGCGUUCUGGAAGGUCCUGCUCACGUCUGCGUUCAGCUACGGGAAUAUCCAGGUCGUUGCGAUUUCUGGCUCGGAGACACGGAAUCCGCGGAGUGUCAUCCCCAGCGCCACGAGGAAGACCUUUGUCCGCGUGUUCCUAUUCUAUGUCCUCAGUAUUUUCAUCGUUGGGCUCAUAGUGCCCUCCGACGAUAAGUCUCUCUCCCUGUCAACGGGGACAGCCUCGCAGAGUCCAUUCGUGCUGGCGUUUACGAGAGCCGGUAUCGAUGUCCUCCCGCAUAUCAUCAAUGCGGUUGUGUGCACGUCCGCCAUUAGCAGUGGGAGCGGGUGUAUCUUCAUUGCCUCCAGAACCCUCUACGGACUCAGUCGGGACGGACACGCACCCCGGAUCUUCCAGAAGUGCAACCGCUUCGGAACGCCGUAUCUUGCUGUCGGAUUGUCGGUUAUGCUGCUCCCGCUGGGAUACCUGACGCUUGGGAGCCAGGCGUCGACGGUGUUCAGCUGGUUUGUGAAUAUCACGACUGUGGCGGGGUUGAUUGGGUGGGUUGUUAUUGAGGCGACGUAUUUGAGGUUCUAUGCGGGGUUGAAGAGGCAGGGGUUUGGGAGGGAUGGGCUCCCGUACCAGAACUUCAUGCAGCCUUAUGCGGCGUGGGCGACGCUGUUUAUGGUUGUUAUGGUGCUGUUGUUUUCGGGAUUCGACGUCUUCACGACCGGAAACUUCACAGCCUCCGGCUUCCUGACGUCCUACCUCAACAUUGGCAUUUUUGCAGUGCUUUACGUCUUCUUCAAGAUAACCCUAAAGUCGAAAGUAGUCCCGCUAGACGAAAUCGACUUCCAGUCCGAGUUUGACGCCAUUGAGCAGGAGAAGGCGACCGGUGAAUACGUCGUCAGGUGUGGCCAGCCGUGGUGGAAGAAGUUUAUUCGUUGGUUCUAG